CCGAGCUCGAGACGCCCGUCAGCCUGCCCAAGCCCCGGAGCUACGUCGACAAGUGCUACUUCCAGUUCAGCAAGAGUGAGUGUCUAGAGACAAUGUGGCCGCGCUCUACGUGGCGUACACGUUCCGGGGCCGCUCCGGCGCCGAGCUCGAGACGCCCGUCAGCCUGCCCAAGCCCCGGAGCUACGUCGACAAGUGCUACUUCCAGUUCAGCAAGAGUGAGUGUCUAGAGACAAUGUGGCCGCGCUCUACGUGGCGUACACGUUCCGGGGCCGCUCCGGCGCCGAGCUCGAGACGCCCGUCAGCCUGCCCAAGCCCCGGAGCUACGUCGACAAGUGCUACUUCCAGUUCAGCAAGAGUGAGUGUCUAGAGACAAUGUGGCCGCGCUCUACGUGGCGUACACGUUCCGGGGCCGCUCCGGCGCCGAGCUCGAGACGCCCGUCAGCCUGCCCAAGCCCCGGAGCUACGUCGACAAGUGCUACUUCCAGUUCAGCAAGAGUGAGUGUCUAGAGACAAUGUGGCCGCGCUCUACGUGGCGUACACGUUCCGGGGCCGCUCCGGCGCCGAGCUCGAGACGCCCGUCAGCCUGCCCAAGCCCCGGAGCUACGUCGACAAGUGCUACUUCCAGUUCAGCAAGAGUGAGUGUCUAGAGACAAUGUGGCCGCGCUCUACGUGGCGUACACGUUCCGGGGCCGCUCCGGCGCCGAGCUCGAGACGCCCGUCAGCCUGCCCAAGCCCCGGAGCUACGUCGACAAGUGCUACUUCCAGUUCAGCAAGAGUGAGUGUCUAGAGACAAUGUGGCCGCGCUCUACGUGGCGUACACGUUCCGGGGCCGCUCCGGCGCCGAGCUCGAGACGCCCGUCAGCCUGCCCAAGCCCCGGAGCUACGUCGACAAGUGCUACUUCCAGUUCAGCAAGAAGUUCCACCUGACGGACUGCGACCUGCCGCUGCUGGGGCACAUGGCCAAGUGCCGCUCCACCAACCGCACCGAGCACAGCUCUAAAGACUGCGUCAUCUUCAGCGUCAUCAGCGAGCCGCCAGAAGACCCGCUGGGCUUGGACAACUGCGAGGAUAUUGGCUACGCGUACCUUUACCUGGGCGACCUGCUGGCCUACAGCUCCGGCAACGACAGCUACAUCGAGGUGGUGCCGGUACAAGGCGCGCUGCCCGGCGAGGCCGUCUGCGGCGUGCUCGCCGUCAAGGUGGACGGCUUGGACGUACUCCGCCGAUGCGCACUGAUGGCCGUCUCGCAGACUCGGGACCUAUCUGCUAUGUACUGAAAUCCGCAUCCAAGACUGCCAAAGUAUUAAAAGCCGCAUAAAAGUAAA